UGUGUAGAGCCAACAUGGCUCCAGUGAAGAGGCCUCAUGUCGUGUGUUGAGAUAUUUGGGUUCGUGUUGAAUGAGACGCUGUGUCGCACCAGCCGGAAGAGGAAGCACGACCCAGUCAUGUUUUCAAGGAUAUCAGACGCACUGCAGGCUGCAGCUGAUGUGGUUGCUCCACCGUGUCCACGUGUCGAAGAUCUGCGCUACCACUGGACGCAGCUAUCAAUUAUUUGCCAAAGAUGUCAGCACAACGAGGGUCAGACUCCAGCCAUCGAGGAGACGCACGUCCCAAGACACUUGACACAGAUGCUCAAGAUGUUGGUGGCUGAGGAGAGGGAGCAACGUGUGGGUGGGCCACUGAGUCCCUGCAUGGAAUAUCUUGUACAGGAGAAAGUGCUUGCCACCUUAGCCUCUCAUGCCAGGGCUGAUCGUCCUCUUGGGAUCCGACAGCAUGCAUAUGUUUUCCUGGUUGGGGUGCUGAACCAUCUCCACCAUUCCCACCUGCAUCAUGGUCCUGUGCACAAGCCACUUCAGGUGAUGGUAAAAGCUAGCUGUGAAAUGAGAGCAUCACCCUAUGAGCAUGAAGAGAUGGAAUUCCUGUCAACUCUUUGUGAAAAAAUUCGACAGGAUAGUAGUAUCAUCCUCUUGUACAUUCAGCCAAUAGCAAUAACUGGUGGAGUCCCCAGUGGAUUCACACCAGAUGACAGCUUCCCUCCAACCCCUACACAUGAAGUUGCAAAUGGCACAUCUGCUGACGAACAGAAUUCAUCAGCUGGACAGAAAUCACAGCCAAAAUUUCCUCUUGUCGAUGCCCUAUUGAACAUGUGUCAUAGUGCAGAUUCUCGCAUCUCCUCUAUGGCUCAUGACUGCCUUGUGUCAGUGGCCAGUAUUAGACAGGGACACAGUAGUUCAACAAUAGCAAGACAUACCCUCCUCCCUCACUACUUGGCAUCACGACUGGUUACUGCAUCUGAUGCUAUUCCCAAGGAUACAGAGCCAGCCUUGAUAGAGGACAUUCCACUAACAGAGAAAAGCAAAGGAGAUGCCUUGGAAGGGAGUGAUAGUGAAGAGGAAGAUGAUGUGGGAGAAUUCCCAGGGAGAAGAGAAGUGAUUGCCUUCUUAAAUUGGCUAACAUUCUGUGAUAAGUUUGUGGGUGCAUGCGAUGGUACUUUAGGUUCAAGUAUCUGCAGUACCAUAAGAGAGGUGUUCUUAGAAGGUGUCCUACGUGGAAUGCUAAAUAAUGAAGAUGAGGAUACAGUAUCUCUUUACCUGGCAAUCACAGCCAAGAUCAUCACCUCUGUUUCAUCACCACUCCUUGUUAACAGUACAAUAUCUUGGUUGAGUGAAGAUAGUGUGGAGUUGGAAGGGGAUGAAUGUGCCAUGAGACACCAUGUGAUGAAGCUGUGUCAGCAACCCCCUCACCACUUACAAAUACAGGCCCUCAGAUUGCUGCAGGCUCUUGUGAGUGGUUGCUCUGAUGGGCUUGGGGCUUGCGAGACAUCUCCAGGAUCUGUACCCAUCAGUAGGACUUUGGCUCCUACUAACAUUAACAAAAUAGUCAAAAGGUUUUUGAUGGUUGUACCUGAAGAAUUGCGCUCUACCAACAAAGAUGACUUUGAGAGCUACAUGGCAGAUGCUGAACGGCAGUAUAGAGAUGUGUGUCGGUCUUGUGUCUCCUUUGGCUGGCCACGAGAGGCAGUGACACCUGAGUGUCCAUCUGACUCCUCCUCCACUGCUUCCCGUGAAUCUCGACCUGAAGCAGAAGGGAGCAGCUUUUAUGAGGGUCCUCUCUUGCGCAUGCUAAUGGACUUCCUGGAGCACUUACCUGAUCAGGACUAUGACAUCAAUCUCCAAGUGACCUCAUUAGUGGCUACCUUAGCUCUCCUUCCACACCCACACCUUCACGAAUACCUCCUCAACCCGACGGUAACACUGUCGGAAGGUGUGAGAACCCCCUGCACUGUGUUGUCUUCUGUGGUAUCCAAGAUCCAUCAGCCGAUAGUAGAACGUGAGGAUUAUGUUGAUCACUUGAAGGUCACCAGGUACCAGCUCCUUGGAACUAUGGAAGAGUUUGAUUUUGAAAGAGAUGAUGAUGACCGCAAAUUUGAAGCUUUAAUUGUGAUUGAAGAAUUUACCAAGGAAUUAGCAUCCAUAGCAUAUGCCAAAUACAGAACAGAAUGUAAUGGAUAAAGUAAGUACCUGGUGCCACUGGUGAUUGAAAAGCAGAAGACCUAGACUCUUCAUUAGCUUUAGAUAUAGUUUAUGUGAUAAAGAAAAUGGUCAAGUGAUCUUGUUAUAUUUUUCUCGAAGUCUUAGGGCAUUGCUGAGGAUAUUUGGUGACAUGAUAUGGUGUUGGUCAUGAGACACUAGUAUAUAUGGUGUGGAGCUGCUUUGUUUUACUUUUUUAAACAGCUUUUGAUUUGUGACCGUAUGCAACUGCAGCCUAAAAAUGCAAGCUGCAGUUGAGGGAAUAAGCCUGAUUUUAAUAGUUAAAAACAAAAUAAUUUGCUCCUUCAUGUAAAAUAUAAAGAUGAGUUUGAAGCCAUAUUAUUGAUAUUUUCCAGUUAGUGAGAUGGAACCAUGUAUUUGGAGCUAGUUCUUAUAUAAAAAUGCUAAUUCAUUGAUAUCAAGAUAUGAAAAAAGGAUUUUCUAAGUUGGUUUUAAAAUAAAUGGCUCAUUUAUAUAACUCUGUUCUUUGAUAAUACAUCAUAUUUGCUUCUGUAUAUUAUAAUUACUAUCUUUUGUCUAGAUCAGGUUUCUCUACUGUACUUCAUUAUAUAUAUAUCCUAUGUAUUUAUUAUCAUUAUUUUUUACUAAAACAACAAAUAGCAGCUGACAAUAGCUGUAAGAUGUAUUAUUUCCUUGUGAAAAGCAACUGAAGUUUAAAUCCUUAUUCUGUUGUAAUUGUUUAAGAAGAGCAAUAUUAUUGCCGUGUAGGCUUUCUGCUCAUAUCUCUUAGGGAUUUCUUGUGUUCCAUUUAGGUGCUUUGCGCACAAAUCAUGGUGCAGUUCAUUAUCUUUUAAUAAAAUGGUUUAAGGUCAGUUUAUAUAAAACUCAUCCAUAUAUACAUAUGUGUAUAUGUGUUUGUAUGCUUUUAUGGGUGUGUGUGCAUGUGCAUGUGUGUGGGUGGGCAUACACAUGGGUAAG